GAGGAAAGACGCAAUAAGUCGCCAGUCUCUCCUACACAUUUACUAGUUCACACAAAUUUUCGCUCCUCGGCGGAUCAGUUUGCUGCUAAAUUCAAGCUUAGACUUUCUUUUAAACGUUUAGCCACCUGAAUUUACUUAAACCUAACGGAAACGUCACAUCACAGAGGAUUAGUGUUGUUGAGUCGAAGAUUUUCACUGCUAGCCUUCAGCUACGAAAAAAAAGCAAAGCAAAACAAAACAAAAAAACAACAAACCAGGAGCGCGAUAUUUGUAGAUUUUUUUCUGACAUACAAGACUCCACUAGUAAACAACAAAAAAUAAUUUUACCUGCAUUGGCGACGAAAAUGCACAUAUAAUGCUUAAUAGCUGAAAACACAUUUAAUUAAACGUAAACAGUCUAUUUUUUUUAUUAUUACAUAUUUUUAAUUUCCUUGCUAAGCUAGCAUCUCCAAACAAAGAAAAGGAGCCAGCUUUUGUCGCCUCGUCACAUUUGUCAACUUUUCGGUCUCGUUUAACAACAAACCCCACUUUUGUGGAGUGUAUUCGGGUAGGAAUAAAACAGAAAUGGCCCAUCAGAGCAGUGCUCAGGUUGCCAGUUCUCAGAAAGCUUUAAUGUUGGAGAUGAAGAGUCUACAGGAGGAACCAGUGGAAGGCUUCAAGAUCACUUUAGUGGAUGAAGCUGAUCUCUACAACUGGGAAGUAGCGAUAUUUGGACCCCCAAACACUCACUAUGAAGGAGGGUAUUUCAAGACUCGCAUUAAGUUCCCAAUCGAUUACCCCUAUUCCCCUCCCACUUUCAGAUUCCUCACCAAGAUGUGGCACCCCAACAUCUAUGAGAAUGGGGACGUGUGUAUCUCCAUUUUGCAUCCUCCAGUAGAUGAUCCACAGAGCGGAGAACUGCCCUCAGAGAGGUGGAACCCAACACAGAAUGUCAGGACUAUCCUGUUGAGUGUCAUCUCUCUCCUGAAUGAACCCAACACAUUUUCUCCAGCUAAUGUUGAUGCCUCUGUCAUGUACCGCAAAUGGAGAGACAGCAAAGGAAAAGACAGGGAAUAUGCAGAGAUCAUUAGGAAGCAGGUCCUGGCCACUAAAGCAGAGUCAGAACGAGAUGGCGUUAAAGUUCCCACCACCCUGGCUGAGUACUGCAUUCGCACACGUGCCCCCGCACCAGAUGAGGGGUCCGAUCUGUUAUAUGAUGAUUACUAUGACGAUGAAGACUUGGAAGAUGAGGAUGAGGAUGAUGAGGACUGUUGCUAUGACGAGGAUGACUCAGGAAAUGAGGAAUCAUGACGAAAUUCCAAUUGUCAUCUCAAUCAGCAUUAUUUUGAAGGAUGAAACGUUUAGGUAUGCACCCCCGCAUUUACAUUCACUCAGAUGGCCGUUUUUUUCCCCACUAAUGGACCAAAAUGAUGAUAUUUAGAUUUGUUUUUGUUUUACAAGCUUUAUGUUGUUUGCCCCGUGUCCUUAUGGCCUUCAGUUUCUCUCCAAUCUUUUUUCUUUUUUUACGUUUUGCUUUCAUACAGCUCUGUGAAAAUCUCUUUAAAAAUAAUAAGAAUAAGUGUGAAUGAAUUUAAGGCACAGUUCACACAAAAAUAAAACUGUCACCAUUUACUUAUCCUCAUAUAGUUUCAAACCUGUACACCUUUUAUUUUCUUUUGUGCAAAUUGACAGACAUAGUCACCAUUAGGCCUGAAACGAUUAGUCGACAUUACCGACAACGUCGACAAUAAAAAAUAGUUGAUAAAUUUUCAUUAGUCGAAUAGUCGUUUGAUCUCAUUUAAAGUAACAUGAGAUCACAUUAAGCUGUUAUGACGACGCGCGAGAGCAGCACUGCAGUUUGUGCAUGACUGAGGAGAGGAAGAAUUACACAAAUCACAGUCCAGAUGCACUCUAAACUUUUCAAACAGCUUCAGGUGAUGUAGAUCGCAAAGUAUGAGGGAAUUAUAUGUCCCAAUCUAAGGGGGAGAGAUUGAAACUACACACGGCGCGGGGAUGCUCGUCCCUCGAGCGUGCAUCCUUAAUGCAGCUAGAUUAUAACGUGAUUGCUCAUGACUUAUUGAAUCAUAAUAUGUCACUGUGCAUUUCUUAUAGUGAUUAAUAAUUCUGAAUUCUAAAUUCUCCAAUGUGCUUGAAAUGCCACACAUUAUUUAACUUACAAUUUUUACCUUUAAAUUAUUGAAAUUAUGUAUUUAUUAGUUCAUAUAGGACGUUACCAGAAAAUGGAUUUAAUCGGAGUUAUUAGGGUGGGUUGGUGAGGGGAAGUUUUUCUUUUCUGUUGAGCUGAUUUUAUUAAAUUUUUUAUUAGCAAUGCUGAUAUUCCCGUUUUGUCCUCAAAUUAAUCUUAUUUAAACUGUUGUUUUUAUAAUAAUAGAGUAUGUAUGUUUAUUCUUUGUCAUCUAAAGUGUUCAUUUUUUCAUCUGGGAUGUACGAAGACUUGAAGGUUUUUUGAAUGAUUUUUAUGUGGUUUCUUUUGCAUUAUUGCUCAGUAAAAUAAUGACACAUCCUGCAUUGUCAUGUCCUAGUCGCAACUUUUCUUUUCGCUGGAGGCUGGUGAAGGCUUGCGUCUUUCUCACUUUGGAAUUUGAAUUUGAACUCAUACUAACAGGCUUUUAGGAUAAACAAAUCGGAAAAAGAAUAUCCCACCACCAAAAUAUUCUUCACACCUGCAAGUCAUCCAUCUUUAUGAUCUUGGUUUGAGGACUGUUUAAAACCGAAUGCCAAGAGGCUGAGGUGCACACAAGGAGAUUUGGCUGAUUUGUCAUUUUAUUGACCUCACUAUGUAUUUUUACAGUUUGUUGGCCUAUUUAAAAAUGAAUAAAGCUUUUUUUAUUAGAA